AGUCCAUUUAGGAUCUGUAGUCGUGCCUCAGUGAUCCCCUCUUCGCAAAACACUCAGAAAGAGCACCAUGUGUGACACAGAGGAGUUUGUGGAGGAGUUUGAGGAAGAACAGGAGGAGGUGAAUGAAGAGGAAGAGGAGGAGGUUGAAGAAGAGGCUGAGGAGGAAGAAGAGGCUGAAGAAGAUAAAACGGAGGAGAUAGAGGAUGAGAAAGAGGAAGAAUAUGAGAAAGAGGCAGAGGAGGACACCAAACCAAGGCCCAAGAUGUUUGUUCCCAACAUUAUGGCACCAAAGCUGCCCGAAGGAGAGAAGGUUGACUUUGAUGACAUCCACCGGAAGCGUGCAGAGAAGGACUUCAAUGAAUUGCAGAAUCUCAUUCAGCUGCACUUCUCCACCAGGCAGAAGGAAGAGGAUGAUCUCGUGGCUUUGAAGAACCGUAUUGAGCGGCGUCGGGCUGAUCGUGCUGAGCAGCUGCGCAGCAGAGCAGAGCGUGAUCGAGAAAGGCAGGCACGUUUUGCUGAGGAAAGAGCUCGGCGUGAAGAGGAGGCUGCCAAACUGCGAGCUGAGGAGGAUGCCAGGAAAAAGAAGAUCCUUUCUAACAAGGGCUAUGGUGGCUACCUGCAAAAGGUCGAUCAGAAGAAGGGCAAGAGGUUGACUGAGCGCGAGAAGAAGACCAAAUGUCUGAUGGAGCGCCGCAAACCGCUCAACAUCGAUCAUCUCAACCAGGAGAAGCUUGGUGAGAAAGCCCUUGACCUUUGGAAGUGGCUCAGUCAACUGUAUGCUGAGAAGUUUGAGCUGGCAGAAAAGUUAAAGAGGCAGAAGUAUGACAUCAAUGUUCUGCGGAACCGCGUUAUUGACCAUCAAAGGGGAACUAAGACAACCAAGACCACCAGGAAGUCAUGGAAAUAAAUGAAUCAGAUUGACACAUACAAUGACACAAAACAGAGCCAAAAAGAUUUGCUGGAAUCACAGUAUCGCAUUGAACUUCCUAGGACAUUGUUUCUGUUUUUAUUUAUUUUGAUCAAAAAAUGCUCCUAAUGUCACACUUAUUCAUUUAACAUUUUAUCUUACAUGUAAUGGGUUUUAUGGUGUUAUUUUUUGUUUUGUUUCACAUGAUCUGAAGUCUUGAUCUCAUGCUGUAAACCUUUUAAAAGUAAUAUUUUUCUUCAUGCACGAGAUAUUACAAUAUGCAGUAGAAAUGCUAAUCAAAAUGUUUUGCUUAUAUUUGAAUGUGUUUUUUUUUUUUUGCUAAAACAGCAAUUUAAUUUUGGAAAAGAUGCACAUGCAUCUUAACUUGAAAGACUCAAAGACUGCUUUUCUACAAUAACUAAACAAUCUGCAAAAGCUCUUGCAAAAAUUACAAAUAAGAAAUUAUUUCAAAUGUGGAAUUAAGCACUGGAAUAAACAAUAAAGCAAGCUAUUAAUAAACAAAUACAUCAAGAUGUUAUGAGGUAUGAAUGAAAAAUGUCUUUAUUGUAACAAACAUAAAGGCACAUACUGUAACAGCAGUGUUUUAGCACAAAAAUUAAAUUAUCCCAAUUAUUUAUGUGAAGAUUAUUUUUUAUGCAUUACAGUUCCCAGGAUGAGAUAUUUUUCAUCUAUGAUGUCCCAUUUUCCAAAUUCCACUCCAUCUAGUGCAGAUGAGUGCCUAAGCCAUUCAAAAACGACAAUCCUUUGACAGUGAGUGAUGAUGGCUUAAGUCUCAUAAAAUAAAAUACACUUAAGUGUUUCAUUCCUGAUUUGUAACUUGCUUGAGUAACA